AUGUAUUUUAAACAUUCAACUAUAGUAAUAAUAAUAAUAGUAGUAGCUACUGUUUUAUUGUUAAACACUAGUCUCGUUCACUGUCAUCCCCUCCCAAAUGUUAUUUGGCCAACUGAAAUUGGAGGGAAUGGUCACGAAUACAAAUUAAUAUCAAACCCGAUUCUUCUAAUCACCAAUGCAACGAAUCAAUGUGAAGGUUUGGGUGUGAAAGGAAAAUUUAAAUCAUACCUUGUUACACUAGAUUCAAAACAAGAAUGGGAUUUUAUUCUAAAACCAUUUAAUUCAAAGAUUAAUAUUUAUCAACCCAACAUAUGGGUAUCUGGUAGAGACAUUGGAGGGAAUGGUACCUAUUCUUAUUCAAGUGGACCACAAACAAAUCAAACAUUAUUUAAUAUGUAUACUGGUCAAUGUUGGGGAUAUUGUCCAUUCGAAGCAGGUGAACCAUCUUUAACUCCUGCUGGAAAACGAUUUAUUUAUAUUAGAGGACCGACUUGGGAUUAUACAAAUACCAAUGCUUUUGAUUAUCAGGUCACAUUCUCUAUUUGUGAAUUACAACCUAUUUCAGAGGUAUAUGUUCCAUCAAUUGGUACAAAUGGAGGAUCAAUAACAAUCAACAAUCUAUCACAAUUCAACACACAAACAAUCAACAUUACAUUUUUCAAUCCAACCAAACAACUUGAAAAAUCAUGUCAAAUAACAUCAAAACAAGGAACAUCAGUCACUUGUAUAGUUCCACCUCUAUCUGGAUUUCAUAAUGUAAUUGUACAAGAUGCUAGUGGAGUCAAGUCAACACACUAUGCAUGGCAACCAUAUCCACCAUUUAUUAAAGCUGUCUAUCCAUCAUUCACUGCUAAUGGAUCGAUUACACUGAUUGGUGAUAACUUUGGUAAUGGGAUCAACAACAACAGUUUAGUAUUUGUUAAUGUUUCGAGUCAUACCCCUUGUAAUAUUACAUUUGCAUCAUCAACUCAGAUUAUUUGUAAGCCCCGUCCAUCUUUCGUCAAACUCCUUCCCAUUUCAAUUUCAGUUGAUAAUAUUUAUACUCAAACCUAUAAACCUCAUAUUUUUUGUGACAAUAGAUUCUAUUCAACCAUUCUAUUUGGAGGAGAAUACGAAAAAGUUGAGCAAUUAAUGAUUGACAAUGUAAAGAUGGAAUCAACUCCAAAUGCUCCAUAUAUUGGUGCAAUUGAAUCAACUGAAAUGCAUCAAUGUUUUAGUCAAUCAUUAAAUUUAAUUGGAUAUGAAGCAUUUAGAUUUUGGCAAGGUGUAUCAUACAACAGUAGUGAUAAUAGUUUUACAAGAAAUAAUGGUCCAUUCAAAGGAACUCUAUCUAAAUUGUAUUAUUCUAUUAUUAAUCAAACUGUAAACUCGGGAGGAAAUAAUAAUAUUGUUUAUGAUUUUUUCUCUAGAAUGGUAGAGACAUCAUGUCCUAUAAACACCCCAAAAACAUAUCACACACCAUUGAUUACAUUUUAUACAAGUGAUGCACCAAUCAUUGAUAAUAUUACCAAUAUUCAAAAUACAACUCAAUCACUUGUUACAAUCAAUGGUAAUCAUUUUGGAAAAGAUCAAUCAUAUGUUUUGGUAUCGAUUCAAGGUAAACAAUGUAAAUCACCUCAGUUUAUUGGAGAUGGUUAUAAACAAUUUACUUGUUUAUUGUAUGGUGGUGUUGAAUCAACUCCUGGAUCAAGUAAUGAUACAGAAGAGUAUAAUGUAACAAUUAGAGUUGCUGAAAUGGUUGCAUCAAAAGUGGUUGUAUCAAAAGUAAUGGUUCUUCCAAAAGAAGAAUGUCUCAACAACGAUUGUGAAUCGACAUCCAAACAAUGGAAGAUUAUUAUCAUUGUAGUAUGUGUAUCGAUUGUAUCAUUCUCUAUUAUUUUUGUUGGUGGAGUUGUUUUAAAGAAAAGAAUUCAAUUACGCAUGGCAAAGAAAUUAAAUAGAACUGUUAUUGACCAAAGUGAUCCUCCCCAACAACCACAACAACAAAAUAAUUAA